GAACGGGUUGCGUGCGAGCUCAAGCAUGACCAGGACGACGAUCUCGACCACGCGAACGACCACGAGCACGGGGACGAGGAUCGCAGCAGUAGCGCCGAGGAAAACGACAUCGACGACCACGAGCCUGCCGAGGAAAGCAGAGAUUAUUGCGUGCAGCCUGUCGAUGAACCUGGCUACGCCGACGGUGGCGGUAGUUGCUUUAAACGAUGGUGUAGCUAUCUAUGGCUCGCAGGGUCUAGGGCCGACGAAGGCCUGGUAGCGCGAUCCUCGCUCCUUUCUUACACGUUAGAAGCAGUGGUGUUGUUGUGCCGUCCGGAUCUCUUCACGGGGCUAUCGUCUCGUAUCUGUCGGUGGUGCUGCGUAUCUGUCUGGUGGGUGUUGGUGUGUUGGUGCGCCGUCUACCGAUCCAUCGUGUUCACGGGUUACCUCCACGACUGCCGGCCGGCCGGUUGCUCGUUCCGAUAGCCGCGUACCCGCAGUGCGGUCGACUGUCGGCUGACUGCGAGGGCCGGGUGUCCUUGCGUGUCUUGGUGUACCGGGUCCGCGCGGUGACUGCUGGCCAACGACCACGACGCCGACCGCAACGGUUACGUGUACGGUUUUGACGCGCGACGUUUACGACGACGAGUGUCUUAGACGCGACGACGGUCACGGCGGCGGCCACUACGACCACGACGACGUCGAGUACGUGGGGGAUAUGUGCGGGCGCGCCACGUCCACGCGAGGAGGACUGGGGACUGCUGCGGGUAAAUCGGCACGGCGCACCAAGUCCUCGUGCUCGCUACACAGGACGCCCGGGAUACGGUAGCUCGUCCUUCACCGUUACUCCUCAUCGACGCCCGCGGGCAAUGUGCCCACCCGCCGGCAGAGCAACGGGUGGACAAGGCGUACGAUGCUUAGGGAUGCUUGGUCGAACGACGGUGGGAAAGGCUGGUGGCGAUGGUGGUCUAGGCUGGGCGGAUUGCUGGCGAUGGCGACGGCCAUUUCCUGUCUUGUUGCCCCGUUUCCGGGCGCCUCGGCCAAUCCGGAAGCGAAGCGUCUCUACGACGACCUGCUGUCGAACUACAACCGCCUCAUCCGCCCUGUUGGCAACAACAGCGAUCGCCUCACUGUCAAAAUGGGACUACGCCUCUCCCAGCUCAUCGACGUUAACCUGAAGAACCAGAUCAUGACGACGAACGUUUGGGUGGAACAAGAGUGGAACGAUUACAAGUUGAAGUGGAACCCUGAUGACUAUGGCGGUGUCGAUACCCUCCACGUGCCGUCGGAGCACAUAUGGUUGCCGGACAUUGUUCUUUACAACAACGCCGACGGUAACUACGAGGUGACCAUUAUGACCAAGGCGAUUUUGCACCAUACCGGGAAGGUCGUGUGGAAACCGCCAGCGAUCUAUAAAUCAUUCUGCGAGAUCGACGUGGAGUACUUUCCCUUUGACGAGCAGACCUGCUUCAUGAAGUUUGGUUCGUGGACUUACGACGGGUACACGGUCGACCUGAGGCACCUGCUCCAGACCGAGGAGUCGAACCGCAUCGACGUCGGCAUCGACCUGACCGACUACUACAUUUCCGUCGAGUGGGACAUCAUAAAAGUGCCUGCCGUGAGGAACGAGGCGUUCUACAUAUGCUGCGAGGAGCCCUACCCGGAUAUCGUGUUCAAUAUCACUCUGCGCCGCAAGACCCUCUUCUAUACGGUGAAUCUGAUCAUACCGUGCGUGGGCAUAUCUUUCCUCUCGGUGUUGGUGUUCUACUUGCCCAGUGACAGCGGCGAGAAGGUCUCGCUGUCGAUCUCGAUACUCCUGUCGUUGACGGUGUUCUUCCUGCUGCUAGCCGAGAUCAUACCGCCCACGUCGUUGACGGUGCCGUUGCUCGGCAAGUACCUACUGUUCACGAUGGUACUGGUCACCCUGUCCGUGGUGGUGACGAUCGCCGUUCUGAACGUGAACUUUCGCUCGCCCGUCACCCAUCGUAUGUCCAACUGGGUGAGGGUGGUGUUCAUACAAGUGUUGCCGCGGUUCCUCUUCAUCGAGAGACCGAACAAGGACGACGACGACGAGGACGAGGACGACGGUAGAAACGGCGGCGUCGGUGUCGUCGGCGUGAACGGCGACGGCGAUCCGAUCGACGACGAAGACGAUGACGACGACGACGACGUCGAGGCGACCAACGGGAAACAGAACGAGGGCAUGCUCACCGAUGUGUUCCAUGUACAAGAGACUGAUAAGUACGACGCGUACUACGGCAAGAGGUUCAGCGGGGAGUACGAGAUACCCGCGCACGGGCUGCCACCCUCGGCGACCAGGUACGACCGUGGAGCCGUGGCCACGGUUGGGCCCGUUGCGCCAUGCUUCGAGGAGCCGCUACCCUCGCUGCCACUGCCCGGGGCUGACGACGACCUCUUCGGACCGGCCAGCCCCGCUUACGUCCACGAGGACGUCAGCCCCACCUUCGAGAAGCCGUUGGUUCGCGAGAUCGAGAAGACCGUCGACGACGCCAGGUUCAUCGCUCAGCACGCCAAGAACAAGGACAAGUUCGAGAGCGUGGAGGAGGACUGGAAAUACGUCGCGAUGGUGCUCGACCGGAUCUUCCUCUGGAUAUUCACAGUAGCCUGCGUGGUCGGCACGGUGUUGAUCAUCCUUCAGGCGCCGAGUCUCUACGACACGACGAAGCCGAUCGACAUCAAGUACAGCAAGAUCGCGAAGAAGAAGAUGAUGCUGAUGAACAUGGGCCCCGAGGAGGACUAGUCGACGAUCCCGCGCGGCCCUGCGCCGCGUUCGCAGCGGCAGCUGCCACCGCGUCGUCGUCGACGUCGUCGUCCGCGUCGUCGUCGUCGGCGUCGUCGGCGUCGUCGUCAUCGUCGUCG